CCACUUCUCUCUGUGUUUACGGGUUGGCUUUUACAGGUUUGUGACUUCGGCUUGAGUCGCGUCCUCACGGGCGACCGUACUCACGUCUCGACACGACCGUACGGCACCCCAACGCAUAUGGCGCCAGAGCUAUGGACCAAGGGUCAUAUGUCGCAGCCUGCGGAUGUGUACGCCUUCGGCAUUACUCUGUGGGAGCUAGCCACGGGCGAGCGGCCGUACAAGGGCCUCAACGCGGCUCGGAUCCUACAUCAAGUACUGUUGAACGGCGGGCGCCCGCCACUUCCGAUGUGGCUGCCGCCGUCCUACACUCGGCUGAUGACGUCAUGCUGGGCACAGACGCCCAACGAUCGGCCGACGUUUGGGGAGAUUGUACGGCACCUG